AUGUCUUCUUCAGAUGAACUAAGUAUUUUAAUGCAAAAUUUACAAAAAUGUAAUAACACAAAUGAGUGUAUAAAUUUUGAUUUAACUAGUACACUACAAGGAUUUUUAAAUCAUUUAGACAAAAAUAUUUUCGAAAAUUCAGAAAAAAUAAAUGAAAACGAAAAUGAAAAAGACUUUAUGAACAGUUUCACUUCUGCUGCUAUUUUUGUUGAAAAUUGUGUUAAAAUAUUUAGUCAAAAAAUUGAAUAUUUACAUAAUUUAGCUCAUAAUACAUUGUAUAAUAUUUACAAAGAAAAUAAAAAUAGUAAUUCUUCAAAAAAACAGUUAAUUACAGCUUAUGAAGAAGAAUAUUUAUUUAUUAAUGAAAUAAAAAACUUAAAAAAUACUGCAAGUGAAAAUGAAAUAAUAGAAGAUGAUUUAUUAGUAAAAACAAUUCCAUUACCUACUUUUUUAUUUUCUGAAAAUAUUAAAAAAAAAGAAAAUAAUGAUGGCGAAAUAAAUACAUUAAAUAACAAUAGCAAUACAAAAAAUGAUCUUGAAUCAAACAAUGGAAUAGAACAUAUUAAUGAAUUUGAGAUAUUAGAAAAAAACUCCUUAAAUUCUUUGAAUUUUGAUAAAAUGUUUCUUGAAAAUGAUGGGGUAUUAUUAUUAGAUAUAAAUGAUUAUAAUAUUUUUAUAAAUGAUCAAUUUAAUUUUUCUAUUCAAAAUAAAAAUAGUACAAUUUUAUUUGAAAAAUAUGAUUUUUUUUCUAGGCAUUCUACCUACUUAUCAAAUAAUUUAAGUAAAUAUAUUGAAGAAAAAAGAAAUGUUGAAGAUAUAUAUAAAAUUAAUCAUAUUGGAGACUUAUUGUGUGAGAAAUUGUGUUUUGAUAUAUUUUUAUUUAAACAAGAUUUUUUUGAUUAUGAUUUUUCACUUGGUAUUUUAAGAAAUAAAAAAAAUAUUUUAAAUAAAUAUGAUGAGCAAAAAAAAUGUUUUUAUAUAUUAGAUGAAAAUACUCAUACAGAUGGAAAUAAAUCCUUAACAGUAGAGACUGAUAUCAAAAUAUUACCUAAUUAUUAUGUUUUAAAUUGUCAAAACAUAAAAAAUUGUGAUGACUUUUUCAGAUAUAUGCAACCUAACGAAAUUUUAGAUAUAAUAAAAAAAAACAUUAAGAAUGAAAAAAAUGGAAAAGAAGAAAUAAGUGAUAAAGAAAAUCAAGAUGAAAAAGAAAAAGAAAAAGAAAAAGAAACAUAUAAUCAAAAAUAUUCAAAUGAUCAAAAAAUAUUUCAUCAAAUAAAAAUACCUGAAUUAUAUACUCAAAAAUUAGGUUUAAACUUCUCUUUUUAUUAUUUAGAACCGCUAAUCUAUAAUUUAAUAAAAGAUUUAAAAAGAAGAAAAAACGUUGAGAAAUUUUUUUCCUUAGAUUUUUAUGAUGAUAAGCCAAACUACGAUUGUGAAAUAUUAAUAGAUGAUGAAUUUAAUGAUGGAAAAAAUCAAGAAAAUCGAUUAAUUGAAGAAAAAUUAACUUUAGAUAAUUUUGUUGAUGCCAGAUCAUUUAAUGAUGAUAUUAAUAACUUUCCUUUAGAAGUGUUUGAAAAAAAAGAUUCAGAUCAAUUUUUUGUUUCAUUUGAUGAUGAAAUUCAUGACAGGGUAAAUAAAUGGAAUUUAUUUCUUGAAGAAAAAUUAGAAAUUUUAAGAAAACAACCAAAAUAUGAUGUGGAUGAUUAUAAAAAGAGUAUCAUUAACUAUACUAUGAAUAGCGGAGAUAAGAUAUAUUUCUCAAAUAUUUUAAAAGAUAAAGAUCAGUAUCAAAUAUGUAGAAACUUUUUAACAACAUUGAUGCUAAUAAAUGUAGGGAUUUUAGAUAUAAAAAAAUUAAAUGAUAAGAACAGUUCAAAUGAUGUUAGUAAUUACGAAAUUCAUAUAAAAAGAGAAAAUGUACAAGAAUACUUAAGUUUUUCCAAGAGAUUUAAAAAUACAAGUUUUACUAUAAAAGAUAAAAAAAGAAAAACGGAUGCAUUUAAUGGUAUAAAAGAUAUAUUACCUUUAAAAAAAAAGCCUCAUAAAAUUUAA